AUUAAUUGCUUCGCCCCAGAGACAUACACCCACGCAAAAGUAUCAUUAACAGCAAGAAACUUGUAACCUUCGUUGCCUACCUUACCUAUCGAGGAUUCCUCUGUUUAUUUACGUCUGAAUGCAAAACACGAAGACUGGGAAGAGAGACAACAUCGUUGAUAAACCGCUAUUCUCGCGCACGCUCUUCGUCAGGUAUCAGGUUCGCACGUAUUCCAUUUUUGUUGUGAUUGCAUUGACAAAUCGUCGGUAAAUAUUUCACGACACAACGCGGGUGUCGUUCCACAUCGCUCGAAAAUCAACUUUUAUAGGGAAUUAUAAUACAUAAAUUCGGUCAAAAUGGUGUCUGGAGGUAUGACAUGUGUUAAAUACCUUCUUUUCCUCUUCAAUAUGCUGUUUGUUAUAUCUGGCAUUGCCCUGGUUGCUGUUGGAUCUAUGGUUCUUGUCUACUAUGCCCAUUAUUCUAACUUUGUGUAUCCAAGUUACCAGUCGGCCCCAAUUGUGUUAAUCAUUGUGGGAUUAAUAAUUUUUGUGAUAGCUUUCUUUGGCUGCUGUGGAGCUGUCAAAGAAAACCAUUGUAUGAUUAUUACAUUCUCCCUGUUCUUGCUCAUAAUCUUCACCCUGGAACUAGCAGCUGGUGUUGUUGGGUAUAUUCGUAGGAAUGAAGUGGAAGUCAUGCUUGAAAACAAACUAAAUUCAACUAUGUACUUGUACAAUCAAAAUGCAGAUAUCAGAAAUACUUGGGACAUUGCACAACAUGAGAUGUCUUGUUGCGGCAUGACUGGUCCGGAGGAUUGGGUGAAGGUAAAUAGAGGUAAUACAACCCUCCCGCACACCUGCUGCCCGGACACCCCCGAUGACGGUUCCUGCAAAAUUAAUUCGCAUAACGUUAACCAGCAAUCCUGCAUGAAUCAGCUUAAAUACGGUUUAACCAAAUACGCAUCUUACAUUGGCGGUGUCGGCAUUGGCAUUGCAUUUUCUCAGCUCAUUGGCGUAAUAUUUGCAUGCUGCCUUGCCAGAUCAAUUCGUCGUGAAUACGAAACGGUGUAAGCCUGCUACAACAGCAGUUUUACAAGUGCAGCAAUGGCACAACCCAACCAACCAUUUAUUAUCUGUCCAAAUUAGUUUAUAGUUACUUUAUUAUUCAAGACUAACAAUUGUAAUAUUUUAUUUUAUGGAAUGGGGUGUCCGUUGGAUCAUUAUUUUUUCUCUAACUCGAAUUGCGAGAACUGCAAGUCUGAAUAACGUGGUACAAUUUUUAGUCAUGAAGACUUACAAUUAUUAUGUUAGUGUUCACUUGUCACAGACUGAUUUGUUACACAAAUUGUUUUUUAUAUAUUUAUUAUUAUUACACCUAACAGUGUUUUUAUAUUAAGAUUUUUUGUUGGGAUGGUCCGGAAAUUUUCUGUACACAAGUACAAGGAAUCGACCAAUGUUUAUUUCUGAAUGUGUUCAUGGUAUAUUAAUUAGGGGUGUAACAGCAGCCAAACACAAUUUAUUAUAGCCAAAAAAAAAAAAAAAUAAUGCAAUACAAUUGGCAUUGUAAUAUUACAAGUAUUCUCUUGUUGGUACACCCAAUAUUUAUACUGUGUUGUAAUCUAUUUACAUAUACCAAAAUAUAACUUAACCAAAGUUUGUGUUGAUAACUUAAGGUAUUCUAAACGCCAAAUUUUUAAAUCAAUUUAAAAAAAAAACACUCAAUCUAAUUUUGAUAUUUCUAUUUUCUUUAAGAACUUUGAUAAUGAACUGAAUUUUAUAUUUAGUGGUACUAAUAAAUUCAAUAUUUUUUAAAUAUAAUGGAUAGUUGGCAACUGUAAAAUUAAAAGUUAUUUAAUUAAAUAUUCAAGUAUAUUUUCAGAGAUACUCUUCAUAUUUAUCGUGGUUAAGUACAAAGAUGUGUAGAUUUUUGCCACAUAUGCAAAUUAUAGAUUGUAACACCUAUAUUGAUGUUAUCAUAUAAUAAAUUAUUAAAAUCUA